AUGAUUGAUCCUCCAGAUAUCCACUAUAUAGAUCGAAUUGAGACUGUUGACCAGUCAAGCAAUUAUGAUGCUGCCUCUUCUUCGUCUUAUACCCCUGCGAAACCGAUAAAGCUCGGCGACUUCAGCAAGCUGUUCGUCGAGUUCCUUGACUCUCCUCAGCAUAGAUAUGAUCCCGGCCUGGACUUGCUGGAAAGAAGCGACUACGAUGAUGACUAUUCACCGGCCCAGAUAGCCCUGAAGCCCGGCAGCUUGUCAUCGACGCCCUCGAACUAUGGCCCUGAGCUGUUGCCCCCUGCAAAGCGAUUCCGCACGAGCACCGUCCAUCAUGCUCUUCCAUGUGACAUAAAGCAUAUCACAUCAAACGAACAUAAUAACGACUCCAACUAUGGCAUAGCAUCCUCUCCGCCAGGUCUGUCGCCAUCCGCAUGUCGGCAUCCAUCCUCUCAGAGCUGCAUCUGUGGCCGGGGACGUCGGCGGGCUGGGCAAACCGACCUCUUGACGUCUUCUUCUCCCGAAUGCCCAGAAUGCUCGCCUCCAGCCAAUACCGUGCAUCAUUCUCGCUCUUGGAUGAACAAACUUCCAGGCAGCGUGCGUGACAAGCUACGCUUGAAGGACGACAGACAUAGGGCGCUCAUGAUGAAUCUCGUCCCGUAUCGGGUGCGAGACGCCUCCUUGGCAGAAAAACACCCCACCAUCACUUCGCAAGGCGUUCACGUCUUCAUCGACAUGUCCAAUAUUGAUAUUGGGUAUCAAAGGACGUUGAAGGGAUUCCGGCGUCUUGACGAAAACACUCGUCUAUCGCCUGUGCCUCACCUAAACUUGCAAUUUCUGACCAAAAUACUCGUUCGGGAUCGGCCGGUGGUUGCGCUGAAUGUCUGCUGCUCUACCCUCCCAGGCCGUUCAGAGCCUCGCUAUGUGCAGCAGCUGCGCGAGCUGGGAUAUCAUGUUGAUCUAAGAGAGCGUAAGGGGGUUCUCGAAGGUGGAUUGACCUUCACUGGAUCUACCGACACUCUUCGUUUUGUCGAGGACCUCGUGGACGAAACUCUACAGGUCCGCAUUGCCGAGUCCGUGAUGGAAUACUUUCUUACGCCUGGUACCAUCGUACUGGCUACUGGAGAUGCUAAGCCUUCUCCGCACUCUGAUGGAUUCUUCUCUUAUGUGGAGCGAGCACUAAAGAUGGGCUGGAAUGUCGAAGUUGUCUCCUGGCGAGGUAAUCUCUCUCAGAGGUGGAUUGAUAGACAGUGGACCUCUCAGUGGCGUGACAAGUUUCGUGUGAUUUUACUAGAUGAAUUCUUAGAGGUUCUAAAGUGA